AUGAAUCCAACUCGAAACCUUUUCGGAAACCAAGGUCAUAAAGACCGAGGACCCAAUAAUAAUGAACUAUCAUGCAAUACUUUAUCAUUUGAACUUCAGAAAGAUCUAGCAUAUCGUACCAGAUCAUCUCCACAAAUAUCAUCCUAUGUCAAACAAUGGGCUGAGAGUGAUGACAAUUAUAAUUCGUUUCAAAGCUCAACUAAUUGCUUUUCGUCGAAUGAAAAGAUUUCACAUUUCUCCGAUGAUCAGUGUAUCAUCUCGGAAUUCGGAAAUCUUGUCGGCAAAUCGACUAAUUCACCUGAAUCUAACCCAAAUCUUGCUAUAUUCGUCGUUGACUCGCACCCAAUAACCGGACGAAAAGGAUUACCGACGUUCAUUCGAGAAAAUGAUGACGAUAGAUCAUUAUUACCUUUCAAUUUUAAUAAAGUAUCAUCAAUUAAUGCUAACCACGGUUCGAAUCUUCGUGAUGAAAAAUCAAAUUCAAUUUUACGUGAUGAAAUAAGGCAGAGGCUUCGCGAUAUUCAACAAAGAAUGAUUGCAAAAGCUCGGUUCAAGUCCAGUUGUUCCAUGGAAGGAAAAGGAAUUAAGACAAUCCCAGCAGAGUGGUGUGACAACUUUGAUGAAUCAAUGUUGUAUAGUAACAAGCAAAGUCCCGGUAAAAAACAAAGUUCAGAUAAUGCAGAAAAAUCUUCGACACCAUCUCGAUCAGGUGUGGUCGGUGGUAAGACAAUCUCCAAGGUAGAAGAGGUGAUAUUAGGUGAGCGAUGCUUUCUGUGCCCUGGAUGUGGCAAUGCUUAUAAAGCUCAAAACAAUCUGACAUUUCAUAAAAGUCGCUGCGAAAUGAUCAAGCAUUGCUCGGAUAAAUUCACCAGAAAAAGAUUAGCACGUGAUGACAUGGUCGAUUGUUUCUGCGAAACUGAUGACGAUGGCGGCAAUAUGGUACAAUGCGAUCAUUGUCGUGGUUGGUUACAUUUAGAAUGUCUUGGCUUGAACAGUGAAGAUCUGGAUGAUGAAUAUUAUUGCCCCCGAUGUGUAAGCACAUAUGAUCCGACUCAGCUCGAGGAUAAAAAGGGGAAAAAGAUAGUAAACUUCGGAAGUAAAAAAGAGCAUCAAGAUGAAAUCAAAGAAGUUGUAGCACUAAUAAGGAAGAAAAAGAGAGAAAUGCGUUCAGUGCUCCGUAAGGAUAAAAAGAGGCCGAUGAAAAAGGAAGAAAAUCGACGUAAUUAUAAAGAGCCACCAGUGAUCCAUCCAGGAAACUGGUUAAAUAAAAUCGAACGCGUCUCGACAAAUAAAUCAUCUAAGGAAUCUGACUUCUUCAAUAAAUAUCGCGAAUUUUUCAUGACAGACAAAGAUGAUAUAUCCGAUCAAGAAAUUAUUAAUCAAUCAGUUAAUAACAAUACUUCUCACAUAAAAAACAAUCGCGAUACCGAUGUGAAGAAAGCGCUCCAUUCCUACUAUCAGUGCGACACUAUUAGCUCCUCUUCGAUAAUGAAACUCAAAGAAUCUGAAUCGGAGCUUAUUAAAAACGAUGACGACACGGAAUCUGACCAGGAUUUCAUGAACAAUUUUAUUUACAAAGCCGAAAAUCCUCGAAAUUUCAGUUCAAUAAACGAAGAAGCUGACAAUCACUGGGAAGUUCCUUUGCGUCCAAUACUGAAAUCAUGGGAUGAUGAUAAUGACGGUAACGAUGAAAAGUCCUUAUGUGAAGAAGUAAAUGAGAACAUCCAAGCAAAUAAUGUUUAUGUAUCAAUUCUCCAUCAACAAGCUUCCUUUAAUAGGGAACUAAAUUUAGUUCAAGCCGAGAAACAAUCAUCAGCGAACAUAUUGCCGCUUAAUCCAACAGAAUGCAAAAAGCGCAAGAAUCAAAUGUCUUUGAGAAUAGAGACGCCUCCACCCAAGCUCAGGAGACUCAACAACAAUCAUAAUAAUAGCGAAACAACAAUCAAAGUUGAUUCUUGGGCUAAUGAAAAUCGACUCUUCCAUACAGAUAAUCUAAUGAUCCCGAUUAUUUCCCAAGAUUCAUCUUCGCAAAUAAUUUGGGAUCACCAAGACAUUUCACCAAUUUCUGAGGCCUCGUUUAGUCUCAAUGACAUCAAUUUAUAUUCGCCAUUGGAAGCACCUUCUUUGUUGUUUGGCGAGGAGAAUAUUACAAGUCCAGAAAGUAGCGCGUUCUCGGUGACCACACCGAGCACAACAACCCAGAACCCUGAAAUAAUGUUGACACAAUAUUUUGAAUUGGAUCAUUGUUUCAACGAUACCUCGAAGAGCAUCACAGAAUUAAAUAAAGGUUCGGUCGGUUCUGAUGAGUUGACGACCUGGGAUACAACUGAUGCGCUUGUUUCUUUGGUGUUACUUUUAUUCAGUUUCCCGGAUUUAGGUAAAACUUUAGAACAAGCGCCCGCAAGAUGGACCGGACUUCCUUCUUGGCACCCGCCUAUUAAAGAAUUUAACUUUGAAAAAAAUGAAGCAAUUGACUUCUUCGCCACGAUAGCCAUGGGUAUCUCUUCGUAUUACAGUCUUCAAUGGACGUCACCCACUUCCAGUUAUUCGCUAUCAAAACCAGCCACCGUUCUCACAAAUUCAUACUUUUACAAAGGAGGCGCCGCAUUUCCAACCACACUUUUCGAUCAACUUAUCGCCUAUUAUAUCUUCAGUACAUUUAUUGCCGCGGUUGCCGUCAUAAUUUUUGAUGUGGGAAAGCUGUGGUCGAUAUUUGGAUCGUUGCAUAAUAUGUUGGAGAUUGCAAUUAUGUUAGUAUUACAUAAUGGUGGAAAAGUGAAGAGUCAUUUUGCCUAUUUUGGAUUAUUGGGAUUUUACACGGUUCUUACAAAUCUUUUGAGUGUACUUUUGGAUUGGCCAUAUGAUGGAAUUUGGUUUAAAGUUCAAGGACUUUGCUCUGACUGGGCAAUGGUUAUACAAUUUACGCGUCUCUAUUACGUGACCAAGAAAAAUCUCAGAGACAAUUCACAAGAUGCACUUCCAACAACUCUCCCUACGGACGACCAAGAAGAGAUACUUUUGCCCUCUUCAGUUGAAUUAAAUAUCAACAGCGAAUAUCAUUUCUAUCCAAAUGUUGUUGAUCAUCCACGCCCAUUAAUUUUAUUGAUCAUCGCGGCCUCCAUUCAUCUUGGUGGGAACAUAACAAAUUCAGUCUGGGUUGAUAAUCGAUAUGCGUGA